AUGCCUCUUGCCAGUAUAAGAUGUGAUCCAGAUUUCUUUGUCUUGUCAACCCCUUCAUUAGUAUCCGUGAUGGACUUCCUGUCAGCAAUUACCCUCAACAUUUGCAACCGUUACCUUCAUCACACGCAACAGUUACCCUCAACAUUUGCAACCGUUACCUUCCUCACAUGCAACAGUUACCCUGAACACUUGCAACCUUACCUUUAUCACACGCAACAGUUACCCCCAUCACUUGGCAACCGUUACCUUCAUCACACGCAACAGAUACCCUCAUCACUUGGCAAUCGUGACCUUCAUCACACGCAACAGAUACCCUCAUCACUUGGCAAUCGUGACCUUCAUCACACGCAACAGAUACCCUCAUCACUUGGCAAUCGUGACCUUCAUCACACGCAACAGAUACCCUCAUCACUUGGCAAUCGUGACCUUCAUCACACGCAACAGAUACCCUCAUCACUUGGCAAUCGUGACCUUCAUCACACGCAACAGAUACCCUCAUCACUUGGCAAUCGUGACCUUCAUCACACGCAACAGAUACCCUCAUCACUUGGCAAUCGUGACCUUCAUCACACGCAACAGAUACCCUCAUCACUUGGCAAUCGUGACCUUCAUCACACGCAACAGAUACCCUCAUCACUUGGCAAUCGUGACCUUCAUCACACGCAACAGAUACCCUCAUCACUUGGCAAUCGUGACCUUCAUCACACGCAACAGAUACCCUCAUCACUUGGCAAUCGUGACCUUCAUCACACGCAACAGAUACCCUCAUCACUUGGCAAUCGUGACCUUCAUCACACGCAACAGAUACCCUCAUCACUUGGCAAUCGUGACCUUCAUCACACGCAACAGAUACCCUCAUCACUUGGCAAUCGUGACCUUCAUCACACGCAACAGAUACCCUCAUCACUUGGCAAUCGUGACCUUCAUCACACGCAACAGAUACCCUCAUCACUUGGCAAUCGUGACCUUCAUCACACGCAACAGAUACCCUCAUCACUUGGCAAUCGUGACCUUCAUCACACGCAACAGAUACCCUCAUCACUUGGCAAUCGUGACCUUCAUCACACGCAACAGAUACCCUCAUCACUUGGCAAUCGUGACCUUCAUCACACGCAACAGAUACCCUCAUCACUUGGCAAUCGUGACCUUCAUCACACGCAACAGAUACCCUCAUCACUUGGCAAUCGUGACCUUCAUCACACGCAACAGAUACCCUCAUCACUUGGCAAUCGUGACCUUCAUCACACGCAACAGUUACCCUCAUCACUUGGCAACCGUUACCUUCAUCACAUGCAAAUAUUACACUCAACACCUGCAGCCGUUACUUCCAACACACGCAACAGUUGCCCUGAACACUUCUGCUUGCAUUCAGUCUUCACUGAAUUGUAA